AUGCCAGUUCUGGAGGCCACAGAAGGCUCCCGCCUGAUCGUCGUCAGCAGCGGUGGCAUGUACAACACAGCCUUCCCCAAGUGGGAAGAUGCUACCUCCACAGGAACUGCGAAGUAUGAUGGACAGUUUGCUUAUGCCUAUGCCAAGCGCGGGCAGGUGCUGCUCUGUGAGCAAUGGGCAGAGCUUCACCCCAAGGUGAAAGUGGUCAGUUGCCACCCGGGCUGGACAUCUACUCCGGCUGUGGACGAAGCCUACGGCUCAAGCAAAUCUUACUUGGAGCCUAUGCGCAACACGUGGCAGGGUGCCGAAGGCAUAAUUUGGCUUUGCGUGACGGAUUCGGCCGCCAUCGAGCCCGGUGCCUUCUACCUGGACCGGGAGCCUCAAGUCAAGCACAUGGGAGGAGCUUUCUUCACGGAGGGCACGAUUACCAAGAACUCUCCUGGUGAGGUUGCCGACAUGAUGCGAUUACUUGAGGAUUGGGCCAAUGGCCGCAGAGACUCGGAGCUGCGCGUGGCUUCUGCCCCACUGGCUGCCAUGACCUCGCCGAUCGAUCUGCAGCGCUUCAUGGGAACAUGGUACGUCAUAGCCAACAUUCCGACUUUCUUUGACAGAGGCACAACGCACAAUGUAGAGAACUACAAGCUGGAUGACGGAGGAAGGGUGGUGCACGUCGACUUCACCUACAGAAAGGCCGGCUCGGGGAAGCCAGGGCUCCUACAGCAGCGGGCCGAGGUCGUGAACGAAGCAUGCACGCAGUGGGCUAUCUCACCCAAACUAGGUGUCUUUCUUCCGCUGAGGAUUGCGUAUUUGGUGGCGGACUGUGCAGAGGAUUACUCCACGACUAUCAUCGGAGUGCCCGACAAGUCCUACAUCUGGAUCAUGGCAAGAACGCCGACCGUAGACCAGGCAACUUACGACGCUCUCUUGGCCAAAGCCAGAUCUUUCGGCUACAACACCGCAAGCAUCCUCCGAGUUCCGCAGGAGUGA